UUUCUUCCCUUCCUCUGUAACCUGAACACAGCUGGACUCAUAUUGUAAUGUCAGGCCUUAACAUAACACUGGGUUAUUUCAUUAGUGUGGUGGUAGUAUGUGUAAUUGCCAAAGCUCUGGUGACAAAAUGGAGACCACAGUGGAGUUUUCUGUCUGAGUUUAUUGCAGCCUUUGCUCUUGCUGCAUGCCGGCUGGAAGUGCAAACCAUUUCUGAGAUCGGUCAGUGGGCUGGAGGCCUGGGGCAGGAUGUUACACUCACCAUGCUUUUCCUUGCAUUAACUGUACACGGAGUCAUCAUGCAAGGAGUCACCGGAAACCCUACAGUUACACUGAUGGGAUACUUACAAAAAGAGACAGGAACAGUAUCAUCUUCUCUCAGCAUAGCAGGUCAGCUCGGAGGUGCCCAGCUUGCCCUGUUCUUUGCUGGGUGGUAUUGGGCGAUGGAGCUCACAGACAUGCAUAUGAUCAAAGUCAUGAUGAUGACUCAGUGCAGUUCAUCACUGAAUGUGCCCCUAAUACAAGGGACCAUCACAGAGGUGGUAAGUGCACUGUUUUUUCACUUGGUGGACCUCAACCUUCGGCACAGGUCACAGCUGCUCCGCAUUCCUACCCUGGCCCUGCUGCUCACCUUCCUGUAUUACACAGGAAACAACUACACUUCUGCUUAUGUGAACCCAUCACUUGCUUAUGCGCUUACAUUCAAUUGUCCUGGACACACCUUUUGGGAAUAUGCUGUAGUUUACUGGCUUGGGCCCAUUAUUGGUAUGACCCUGGCCUUGCUUCUCUACAUGGGUAACAUCCCUUUGCUUUUCACCAAGAACCUGCUUUUCUCCAAAAAGGCACGUCAACGGCUUCCAAAAAGAAAAACACCUGAAGAGAAAAAUUCAUGAAACACAGUGCAUCAACUUUCAAAUGUAAAUUUACUUUAAAUUAUAAUUUACAACACCUUACUGCAGAAUUCUGAUAUGUCAGUCACAUCAUAAACUGAUGUCUUUAUAAUAUCUAUUUACAACUGGGGAAAAAACAGAUAACCUUAUAUAAAACAAUUAAAUGUUACUUUUGAGUAAUUAAAAUAUGGAUGUAUCAUUUUAUUGUAUGUUCUUUGCACAACGAAUGGAAACAUAUCAAUAAAUCUACACAGAAUUGUUUGAGUAAAACCACAUGAAAAGUUUUAAUUGCAA